GAAUGCUGCUUAAAAGAAUAUUUUGAUGGUAGGAAAUUUUGGUGUAUUUUCGUUCUUGCGAUCUCGAAAACUAAUCCGUUUUCUAACCACCUGUCUAAGUGGAACUUGUUCCAAAUUUGGACUUUUAGCGCUUUUUUGUAUAUCUUUGAAUUGACUCGAACGAAUUUUUUUUCAAAUCUCUAUACAUAAUCUUCACAAAUGAAUUAAACUUAGAGGCGUUAGCGCCCGCGUUAAUUCAGUUGCUAAGUCAAGGGAUAAACUAUUAACGGUUAUUUCUAGGAGGGGUCUAAUUAAGUCACAGUAUUCAAAAUAAGUGAACCAACAUGCAGCUUACAUUUCUUAAUUUCAUUGUCAUUAAUACAGCACUUUUGAGAACAUUAAUUCAUUAAGCAAUUCCAAUGACAUAUACCUUCACCCUAGUAAGCUAAAGCCCCGUGCAAACAGACGCAACAUUGUUGGGAGUUGUUGUGUUCGUUUGCACGUAGCUGAAAGUUUGAUCGGUUUCAAAUUUUGCGCAACAACUCCCAACAACAUGCAACAACAUGCAACAGGGUGUGCAAACGGACACAACGUGUAACAUCUGUUGUGAAGUAUUUAAGAAUGUUCUCAUCUUUAAAGUUUAUUUUUUGUUUCAUUAAGCGGGUCAAAGUUAGUGUAGAUUUUUUCUUCGUGGGUGUUUUACCUAUUUUGAUCUUCUAGUACAGCUCGCGGAUUUACUUAAAGUCAUAUUAGGAAUAUUGAUGUUUUUAACAGUGACGUCAUCAGAUUGCAAAGUCAAAAGAGCGAGGUUUUACGAAUUCUUAUUUACACGAAGGCACGUGAAAUGUUUAGGCAAAUAACUUAGAAACUGUGGACCACAAAGACCUGAGAUUUGGAUAAAUUGUUAGUCUGUUACAACAUUUCAUUUUCUUGGCUUCUUCAACAGGACGGUUUCCAGUUUAUUUUUUAUGCCGUGUUUAUUGGAUGGCAGUGAAAACGAAGAAUUGUCAGAAUAUUGCUACUUUAUCAUAGGUGGCCGUUUUUGUCAUGUCAGCGCUGACAAUUGGUUCAUUAGUCUCGUUGAAGUUCCUGUUUUGGCUUGUUAACCAGCGUUUUAGUUUUUCAUCGGUUUGUAGCUUUUUACUGAUCACAACUAUGUAGGUUCAGAAAUACCAAAACAUUAGCCACACCGAGUUCACCUUGUUUUUUAUUCCCACCGUCAGCUAACUCAAGCAUGUCCAGCUUUGGUCAGCUAUUUGACUUAGUUUAGAGCAAGGAUUGAGUAGAGAAGAAGAGUAAGAAGAUUAAGAUUGUUAGCGGGCGUCAAAGAAGAUAAUAAAUAAAGACCAAGAUGUUAAUCAGAUUCCUAGUACCUCAUCGUGUAGCGAGCGAGUUGAUUGAAUGAAUGUUGUGUCGGUUAAUUGCACGGGGCUUAAGUGCUAGGCAGUACUGUAGUUAAUACGGUAUUGAAGGUGGUCACUUGCAAAGUACACUAUAUUGUCGAGAGUAAGACGAAAUAAUUAAGGAAUUGUGCAUUAUCAAAUGCACUCUCAUCGUCACAUAUCUCAUUUUUCAGUAUGUCAACACAACUGGAGCUCGAGUGUGUUUAAAGGAGUUGUACAAGUCAAAGUACGACCCUCUCUCUGUGUCAUAUACUGUCUUGUCAGGUAAGAAUGGUUUAAUGGCAUUCUUUUUUUUAGCAACACAUAGGUUUUACUGAUUACUCACAACUAAUUCAUUAUGAAUGCAUACAGAGAUAACUUAUAUACGAGGGUCAUUUCAUUAAUAGAGAAAGGCGAUCAUUUUAAAUAUUAGCUCCCUGGAAGUCGUUCACUGUUUUUGCUACUGAUUAUUCCAUUUAAUCAGUAAAUACUGCUCUCAAUUUGGCGUGGUCAGUUUUAUUUUCCUCUUUUCCUCCUGCUAAGCGUAUCGGCCGCACAAGCAGUUGGAAUGAUGUUUGUGAAGCUGCCUCCUCCCCAGUCGCUCGCGUUGCUUGCCUCCAUUUCUCGCGCUUCUCAAUUGUUCUGUUCUCCCUAUAAACUAAGCCUUGGGAAAGCCUGUGGAGAAGGCACUCUUUAAGGAACCAAAUGUAUGGAGAUUUCUAAAGUACACAGUCGUUUUAUAUCUUUAUCACAGAUAUUUGCCAACCAAGAUGGAGUUUUUUCGGUGGCUACUGUUACUUCACAAGUCAUGCAUGCGCCUCGUGGCUGACCGCUGAGUCAAACUGUUCUACGAUGAGUUCCAAUUUGGUAACGGUUCACAAUCAAGAAGAAAAUGUCUACAUUCAACACCGUCACAACGGAGAGAGAUCUUGGAUUGGACUUAAUGACCGAAGUGUGGAGGGCUCCUUUGUGUGGACAAACAAAGAAAUAAGCAAAUUUAGGUUCUGGGCCCCACAGCAACCGAACGACUGGAAAAACGAAGACUGUGUUCACACUCUCGGCGCCAGGCAUGGUUACACUUGGAAUGAUGUGCCAUGUACUAACUGUUACAACUACACUUGUUUUAAAGGUAAUAAGCGUAGCACUAUGAAGAUUUAUAACCGUAUAUAUCUUAAUCUUCACGUUCCAGAGAGUGAAUCUACUGAGUUAAAACUACAUUCAAAAAGGUCGAAACACAAUUACAGCAUGUUAGGCAGAUGGUUAGACAGAUGGAAGAGAGGGUAACACCAAUUAGUUUCAUUAUUAGAAACAUAGGGAAACAAGUCGUAUACCUUUGCGUUAAAAAUGGCCGCAAAGCCUGAUAUCAGCGUAAUCAAAAGAAGAACGAGAAAGCGUCCAUACGUUGGAACCACGGGAAAAGUCGCGCUAACCUCCGCUUACUUUUUAACCCGGUUUUCUAAACACCUCCUUGCGAUGCGAACAUAAGUUACAUACGUUAACUCAGGGCACGCUUACGACCCUUUUUGCAAGUUCCUUUUUUCAAACAUUUGUUUUUUUUGCCUUGCCAGUGUACGUCAAUUACCCAACUACAGCAAAGAAUAUUCUUUUUAAACAAGCUUGAUUAACUGAAAAAAGCCAUGUUGUUUGACAAGAAGCCUCUGUGUGCUUACUUUUUAGACUUGGAUGAAUGUACCACUGGUUCCUAUUCCUGUGACGUCAAUUCCGUUUGCCAGAAUACCGUGGGUUCAUACAAAUGCUCGUGUAAUGCUGGGUACACAGGAGAUGGAAAACCUUGCAAUGGUAUUUGAGAUACAGUUGAUCCUCCAUGUGCGACCACCUCUCCUAAGCGACCCAUAAGUCGACAUAGAGCUACACAUAUCGUAACUUUGAAAUUGCACGCAAUAAAUUGUUUUCCAAAGAGACGACCUGUUAAUGUUCGAUUUUUGUAAACGACACCUCCUCGUAAGCGACUCUAAUCUGAAGGUUUUUAAACAAGACGACGAAACCAUUGAAGGUGCAGUGUUUGUGUGCAAAAGCUCUACAACACUGUCAAGUCAUUUUGGAAAAAUAGGCUAAAACCAUAUUUUUUAUAACAUGCAAACAACAAACAAACAAGAACCAAAAAAAUGAAUACAUCCGCCUUAGCUACCAGAUGUAAACCAUCAGGUAGAUUUAAUAUUAGUUAUUCUAACGCUUUACGUGACUUACAAUUCUCAUGCAGAUAUCGACGAGUGCUCUACCAACUCUCACAGCUGUGACGUUAAUGCGGUAUGUAGCAAUACUGUUGGAUCGUACGCAUGCGCAUGUAAAGCAGGAUUUACAGGCGAUGGAAAAACAUGCUCUGGUAAGCUGUUGCGGUGUUGCAAAAAAAAAACGCUUCCAAAACGAUGUGCGUGCCUGUAUUUUCUACAUUCGAUCUUUACAUUUAAACAUGUAGAAAACGAUGGGCAUAUAACCUUAAUGGUUCGAAAAAUAAAUAAAGUAAAACUAGAAAUACGUAUCUUGCAAAGUUUCACUAAACUCGGUCAUGCACAGUUGUCAAGCAAAACCUGUUAGAAACUGAUUGGGUGACCAGGGUCUAAUCUGUCGUAAGACCUAGGACUCCUUUCUCUUCUGUUUUCUUUUUGUCUAAUUGUCCUAUUUGAUUUUUAAAUGCCUUGAAUCAACCCCUUAUGAGUUUCUGGUGUAAUUUAAUGUUUUUUUCCCUUCGUUUCUAUGUAAAAAAGGCAAAAAAAUCGAUUACCUAUUGUGCUUAAACAGGAUUAACGCAUAGAGAGAAUGAGAGUAAAUGACCUUAUUGACCAAGAGUUUGCUGCAUCACUAAACAAGAAGCCUUCCUCACUUUUUUCUCCAGAUAUCGACGAGUGCUCUACCAACUCUCACAGCUGUGACGUUAAUGCCGUGUGUAGUAAUACUGUUGGAUCUUACGCAUGCGCAUGUAAAGCAGGAUUCACAGGAGAUGGAUCCACAUGCACUGGUGAGCCUUUUAAGUAUAAUUUUGUUUGUUUGGUAUGUUUGUUUUUAGAGUGACCAGCAACGACAGCAAUACAAGAGUCUUUUGUGCUCUUCUCGCCUUUCACAGUUAAAGUUUUGGUUAGGCUGGAAUUUAAAUUAAUUUUAAUAUUGAAUGUAUCUAUAGUAAACAAAAAGAAAUGAGGAGCCAAGCAGCCAGUUUAUAUGACAAGUGCAACGAUGGUGAUUGAAACCUGUGAUUAUUGUUUUAGGCCUAAAAGUCAAUUGGUUCGAUACCCUAACUGUGAAACAAUAGGAAAUAAUGAUAAAUAAUGACGUGUUAUUGUUUCUGCGACCAAUGAGGAAACACCUUACGAGCAGCUCUUACAUUAAUGAUUUUUGGCCUUUAAUUGCGCUUAAGAUAAUUCAUUCCCGUUUUUCUCGUUUUGAUAAUAGCGGAACUCCCGCGAAGCGCGCGUGGGACGGAGCCCCAUACCCAUAGAUUAUGGUCAACUCUUUUCCUUUGGUUGUCACUUGAUUGAACGAGCGUACGUACGUACGUACGCGUCUACGGAUUGUAUGGGUGGGGUAGGGGAGACUAUCAAAAGAAAGAGAGGGGUGUCUCAGGCGUGUCUUGCCAAGUCCACAUGUUUUACAUUGGACAUUAACAAUAUGGUCAAUUGACAGCUGUCAAAACGGGAUAGCCACUGACCAGUAUCCCAUGACCAUAUCGCGGGCUCAUGUGUCAAUUCAUUGAGGUGACGAGAUUUAUUUGGAAGCUGUCCGUUGACCAGUUAAUUAUUUUACUAAAUCGCGAUCAAUGUUCAGUCUCAUACUUUCUAGCUAGUUUGGGAUCGAAGCACAGGAAAACUGAUACACGUCAAUGUUGUGAUCCGUUGACAGCUGUCAAAACAAGGUAUCCGCUGACCAGUAUCACUUGACUGUAUCGCGGGCUCAGGUGUCGACCCAUCGAGGUCAAGUGUUUUUUUUGAAGUUAUCCGCUGAGAAGGAACUGGUUUUCAAAUGAUCGCAGGCUCAGGUUUAAUUUUUUUUUAAAUUCAUAUGAAAUAUGUUGUGUUUAUGUGCCGCUCAAUUAAAAUUUUGAUUUCAAACUGACCUCGGACGCGAAAAUUCAACCAGCUGCUACAGGCAGGGAAGACAGUUGCUUUUGACUUUUCUCGCCAUGUUCACGCGUUGGUCACGCUCUACGUCCAAUUUUUAUGCCCUGAUUGGUCAAAAUUUGACAGGUGAGUUCAUGCGGAAAAUUUAUGCAGCAUCUUGAAUCUUGUUUACUUUGACAGCUUAAGCUGACAGAGUUUUGUGUCAACUUGUGAUGUUUUUAACUUUCUUUUUCCACCGGAUGUACAAAAUGAAAUUCAGCUGCUAUCAGGAGUCUUCUGUUAUUCAUGGCUAGUUUGUUUAUUGGGUUUUUGGUUGAGUCAAAGUCGGAAAUCUGAUUUCGAAUGGCAUCGUUUUCGUUUUCAUCUUGCUUAAUGCGUAAGAGGGUUGCAAAGUCUGAAGCGAUACUGGCCUUACUUGAUAGCUUUCAGGAGCUGCAUCUCGAGUGGUAAGCCUAAGUAAUUAUUGUAUUUGAUGUUUGUUUUUUAUUCCUAAUUUUAUGAAGUCGAGGGUAGUUUAUGCGGCUAUUUUGUUUACGCACGUUUGUAAGAUUUGAGACAAUGAUCUGACCGAGUAUCAGGUUUGUUAUAAGCUUACAGAUCUUUAAAAAACCUUUAAACAUUUUCUCACCGCAAAUAGAAAGAAAACGUUUCAAAGAAUGUUUAGGUAUAAUUCUGGCUGUAAAAGAAAGGUUUGAGCGAUUUUCUUGCCUCGAGUUCGUCUUUGAAAAAAGCAAACACCGGGAAGCCGGCUUAAAACAUAAACUUCAGCUUUAAGCUCGAAGACUCAGGAUUUUUAGAGACACUUUAAUACUUGUCUUCCUGAAUGAAAAUUGUCGUCUCUGUAUAUGUUUCACCGAAUUAUAUUUCUUUUAUUGAUUGUUAGUACUCUUUCUUGUAAAUUUAAUCGUUGUGCCGAUUGUUUUCAGUCGUUCAGUAAACAACGCUUCUCUGAGUACUCAAAAUGCCGCGCGUUAAAGGGUUUUAAAAUAAAAAAUAAACAUAAUAAAUUCUUUAUUAUGUUGGAGCGUAACUCUGUUAAUGUUCAUUCAAACACUCGCCACUGCUAGCACUGUAAAAGUCAGAACCGGCUGGCCGUAUAGAUGAUUUUGAAAAUUUUUUCAACGGUUUACGGCUAAAGCCCACGCGUGCUUCGAUCGUCCUGAAUAGCAGUUUGUAUCGCAAUUUUGUGAAAUAUUGCAUUCUGCUGUCCGAGGUCUGUAUGAUAAAAACAGUGCCUCAUAGUACUGUUUCACCUCAGAUGUGAUGUAUAAAUGAUAUAAAAGGUUGGUUUACAAGCACCCAGAUUUGUUGGCAAGAUUUUGUAAAAUAAACUUGUCGAACGCAAAAAAUUCGGCCGGAAUUUUUUUUCCAGGCCUAAUUAAUCUACGGUGAUCAAGAGCCAUUAUGGCUCUUAAUAAAUGUGAUCGAAGAAGAUUGCCAGUUUUUGGGUGUACUUAUGAGGCUAUCAACUCGAUGUGAGAUUUGGUUCACUCUUGGGCUGUUUGCAACUUAUUUUUUGUAAAAUCACUUAGCCUUUACCUGAAAAGUCACACGAAUGUGCUCUAAAGUUAACUGAAUUGUGGAAUACAAGUUUAUUGUUUGAUUUAAAUUAUAAAUUUAUUAAUGGGAGCCUCGCUUUUAGCCCUGGCUAAAUCCAUAUAUUACAUUUUGGCAUUCUUCGUUUUGUAGAUAUUGACGAGUGCGCCAGCGGUACUCACAACUGCCACAGCUCACUUGCGUCAUGUACAAACACAGUGGGAUCUUUUAGUUGUUCAUGUAACAGUCCUUCCAGCGGGGAUGGCAGAACUUGCAAUCUACCAUCAGGUAAUCAAUUCGCCGAAUAUUACGAAGAUGUCCAUAUACUAGACUCCCAGUAUGCCAGCGUAGGGAACGUCAUUACGUCCCGUAGGAUUGUCCUAAUACUCAUUUCCUCAUCUACGUGACUAAACCAGCCGUCAACAAAUGUUUGAGCCUCUCACUCCAUCUGGAUUUUGUACGGCAACCUCUUAUGUUAAGGAAUAUUUGAAGACCGACAGUGGUCUAGCGAUUAACGGACUAUGAUUCUUAUAGACAUCACUUCUUUUGGCUGCUGGAGCCUUAAGAUAAUGGUAGUUUGUUGGAGUUGCGGAGACGAAAACUUAGUAAACAAUUCCUACAACACAAAACAAAAGCGAACUAAUAUUAAUUAGUUUCUGCAACACCAAGAAACAAUGCACCAAGAUAACAUAUACUAGAGAGUUCAGUACCCCAUAGAAAAGUGUAAGAAAACGAUUUUUAGUCGCGACCUGACCAAGUAAGAGGAACUGAAACGUUGCAACAAGGACCCCAUUAGCUGCCAUAAACUGAUCAGAUGGACUGAUGAUCAGUGGCCAACUUAAAACCUUGAGCAUCAUCAAAGGGUUCUUGGUCCAAUUUUUUACAAGAGAUAAAGGAGCUUCACUAUAAGAAACAUAUGAAAAUGGAGCGUUGUAAAUCCGUUGCACAAGGCGAAGAGUACUGGGGUGCUACAUAUGUGAAAGGUUUAACUAGCAGGAAUCGCUUUGUCAUUAGACCCUUCUCACUAAAAUGGUUUAAAUAGAAGCAUGGGGGUGAGAUUGGAAAGGGUUACAAACUUAAAAAAUAUUGCACGUUUCUUCUCAAUAUUAUUUAUUCAAUAUAUCACCGUUUCUGAUUGUCUGUCCCGCCGCUAAAUCCUCACAACCGGUACAUGGUUACCAUAUUUGGAGGUCGAUGUAGGCAGUACGCAAUCGAUGGCAUGCUCAUCCUCGAUCUGCAUAAUUCUUCACAUCAUAUAUACUCAGCUUCAUUUAAUGUAUGAAAUAUUUCUGACUCAAUAAGAUUCUCAAUAGAAGAGGAAAACUUUGAACUUGUUUCCGCCAUGUUAAGGCGGGAAGUCGAAAAAUCAUCACAUUGAUCACGACCGAACCAUUACAACUUCACGAUAUAUUCACUAUAAUUACUUGAUUUCUCUAAUUUUGCCGUCAACUGCGAAAGCAGUCAACUUUAACUGUCGAGACCCAGCUGCUGUCUAACGAAACGUUCGGAAAUAGAUCAUCAGAGAAUGUUCCCCUAAAUUUAAAUUUGCUAGUUAGUAUCUUUUUAACGUUGUUAAUAUCUGUUUCUUUUAGUAUCUUGUGUUUGGAUUUUAUUUUUAUUCAUUCACUGCAACCUUUAACCUUUGAAAGAAAUUCAGUUUGCUACAUCCGCUUUCCUUUCCCUUACAGUGUAUUUUAUUUCGCUCUUCCUUCCCUUUACCCUUGUUUAUUAAUUCUGUUGCAAUUUGCUUUACGACCUUUAACCAAAAACGCCAAACGAAGAAAAAAUAAUGCGACUUCAAUUAGUAACGUUUCGUGCGCAAGUCACUUUUUUUUCCCUUUUUUUUAUAUUAGGAGCUUUUACAAUAGAGAGCCACCACAGGAACGAGAACGUCAUAAAAAUCAUAAAUUUAGAUUAGCAACUUUGCUAGUUUACCAUGCUUUUCAAUAAUGUGAAACCUCGUUCAAAACCUUUCAGUAUUCAGUAGGGGUAUCGUCCAGUAGACUUUAUGAACUCAGUCACUUGGAGUGGGUCUUUUAAUUCGGUCUGAGGAAAAAUAGGAGUUAAAAUGACUGAAACAUUUAAUGUAAAUACUAAUAAACAUAAUUCCUAAUAAGUCUUAAUUUGCAACAAAUCAAAAAUUAUUUGCCAAAACCAUUCACAAAAAUGUCGAAGUUUUUUUAACUGAGAAAUCCCCAGACUAAUCCAAUUUCACGUCUGUUUAUUCAUCGAGCAAAGAAUAAGUUGGUGAAGUGAGAAGCAAAAAAUUCUUACAUAUACCAGUCACAGUGACCGAUUUGCAAUUCCGCAAAACUUAAUUUAUAUCAAUUCCCAUUAUGUCGCGUCGCAUCGCAGUUAGAUGAAGUGACACUCUCUUCGAACGUUUUUCGUUCUUGUACGAUUCAGAAUAACUGUGGAAAUUUCUUUAAUUUGGAUAGCCGUUUUUCGAAGGCAGGUAGGUAGGGUAACCCGUUUGUCUUUACAAUCUCCCAUAUGGUCACCCCCUGCCUAUCAUGUAAACUUGAUCAAAUUAAAAUGAGAGAUUAUAUGGACAGGCGGGUUACCAACUACACGUGAACAGGUCUCUAAACUGUGUACUUGAGGUUGUACAAUGUAUUUGCAUAAUUACAUCUGACCAACCUUUGUUAUUUUGGCUGCUUUUGUGUUCCCAUUUUAUUUAUUUAUUUAUUUUUUCAGUUAAAAAGAGAAAACCGUUAUUUGGCAAUCCUAUUGCAAUGAAAUAUUAAGUAUUAAUCGAGUUGUACUAGAGUUUCUUUCUGAAAAGUAAAAUGUUUUUUACUGAUUCUAGGACAGACGAUUUUAAAAACAAACAAACAAACAAACAAACAAUCUAGCAUCAAUGUGAUGAAUUGAACCAGUUUUAGUGCAUAAAAAUAUUAUUAUACCCACUAGUUCCCUACUUCAUCGUAUGUAGCAGAAAUCACUCUUCCAUUUGCGGGCGCAGAUCGAGGCAGCUUAAGAAUGCCUACAGAUAUAUUUGCCUCCCAUUCCCAUGUUGUUGCUUAAACUUGACUGUAUGUCUACCUGUGUGUGAAAGUCAGUAACCAAUCCUCUGGCUCAAUUACUCAUAUGUAGACAAAUAUCGUCACAGCAGGGGCAGGUGCUGGGGAUCUUAGAGGACGUGAAAGACCUGUUUAUGUACAGAAGAUAAAACUUUUCGAAUCAUUAAAUUACAAGAAAUAUUAGAAUAUUAAAUGAUUUUCUAGCUUUUUAAAAGUUAAAUCAUUAUUGUUUUUUAUAUAUCAGAAUGUCAGAAUUACGCUAGCCUUAACAGUUAUACCAGAAAGAUUACAUACCGCACGUACCACAGUUAUUGUGACAGUGCAAUCGGACCUGGUUGGUUUCGUUUUGAGGGGUCCGCCGGCACAAGAAUGCCAACUUCAUGUCAACCAUAUUACAGAUGUGGGACUCAAGUUACAAACUGGAUAAAUGGUGGACACCCCACGGUAGCAGACGGUCAGGUCAGCAGGCAGGUGUGUUUCCACUGGACAUCAAGCUGCUGUCAAUGGUCAACAAGAAUCAAAGUGAGAAAUUGUGGUUCAUAUUAUGUGUACUAUCUUAACGAUUCACCUGUUUGUAAUGGCCGUUAUUGUGGUACUGAUUAA